AUGUCGCACAAGACGUACAACGACAAAUGGCGGCACGCAGUGGAGGACUUGAAAGAGCUUUUGCAGCUCGAACAGGACUGUGCGGUUCCCGCUCCGACGACGCGUGCAGAGGCAGCGGCGAUCUAUCCGAAGCUUGCGCGCCUGUACGUGCGCUACAUCGUUGUCAUAAACGCGAUUGAAGACUGUGAGCACUACCUCACGCAUCCGCAGAAGCGCAUGCACGUGCGACGGGUGCUUGAAACUCUACUCGUUCGCCUGCUGAAACUCAAACAGGCCGUCAUCGCCUCCAGCCCCAGAGAGGGCUCCCCGCAUCUCUUCGUUGCCGACGUCCUUUCUUACCUGGAUCUCUGCCCCGAGGAAGCGCUUCUGCGCCUGCCGCGCUACCUCAAAGAGGACACCGCAACGGCUGACGAAUGGAGCGUCAAAAUGCAAAAGCUUGCCUACUGGGCGAGCACUUUACGAGCUGAUGCUCUCAGGGCGAGCAAAGCGGCGACGCGGAUUCAGGCCGCGUGGCGGGGCUGGAGUUGUCGCUGUCGUGUGAAAAAGAUGCGCGCAAAGACGCUGGUAUCCUGGGGCUUGGACUUUCUCGACAGCGGCGAGAGUUCCUCAGAGGAAGGAGAAAAACGACUGCUCACGCAAGUACUUGCGAGUCGAAAGCUCUUCCAAGUCCAGGCAGAAAAAGCGCACAACGCCGCGCUCGAAUCGCAACGCGCGUGGCUUCGCCAGAACUUGGGGUCUGAAUUGAAACGCGAGCGCUUCAACGAGGGGCGCGAGUGGAUGUUGGAAUUUCGCCGGCAAGUCGGUUCUUUUCCCGUUUCGCUGUCUGACCGCACGCGUGACUUCUCUGGUGUGCCGCCACCGCCCCCCGACUUCCGCGCCUACAAAGUUGGCAUGCCGGGCGCCAAGAAGAAGGCGCAAGCGAAACCGAAGGCAAAGCCCGAGGCAGCGAAAAAGGCCGGCGCAGGCCAAAACAAGGCGCCGAAAGACGUGCAGACGCAGGAGGAAGCACCUGAAAAGUCAACACUGGAGGACCUCCAGGAUCUUUUGACGGAGUUUGAAAAAACGUGGGCGCGCUACAGUUGCUCGCUAGAGCAGGAGCAAACGCCCGACCGUGCGCUCACGCACGCGGCACUGCUUCCGCAAAUCGAAAGCGAGGUUUCCACCGAAGUCGAUGACCUCCUGAGACAGGAGCUCAGCCGCCUGCGGCUGCAUUUUGAUUUGGUGAAGGAGAAGCCGGCGAAGAAGGGCGGGAAAAAGGGCAGUCGGCAGAAAGGAAGGACGAAGCAGAAGAAGGCCAAGUGCUGCAACGCGAUGAAGAUUGUUGGGCCUCCCGAAGACAUCUUUCCGGAUUUGGUGAAGGACGGUAUCUUGAAAGCCAUUCAGCCAGCCAACCUGAAGGACUUCAUCGGCAGCUUUCCCGCGAUGCCUGUCCCCACAGGGGAGUUCCUUCCGGCGCCGAACGCUUGGCAGAUCAAACAGUUCCUCACCGAGCAGAUCAUCCUUCCCCUCGCAUCCACCCGCAUCCGGGAAAAAACGCCGUUCCCCGCCAGAUCUCUCCUGCUGUACGGACCGCCAGGGGCGGGCAAGUCGCUGCUGGCCCGGAUCAUCGCGACGGAAGCGGGCGCUUUGUUCUUCGACCUGUCGCCGAAGACGAUCGAGAACCUCUACGUGCAUCCCAAGACCGGCGCCUCCCUGAUGGUACACAAGACGUUCCUCUGUGCCCAGCACCACGCUCCAGCGGUGAUUUACAUCGACGAGGUCGACGAGGUAUUCAUGGCUAAGAAGGGAGCCGCAGGGAAAAAGAAAGGCAAGCCCGGCGCUGACGCCCCGCAGCAGUCCACCGCGUGGAGAAUCAGAGAACAACUGAAAGUCCACCUGAGCCUGGUGAAGAAGGCCGGCGAGCCUCUGAGCGCGUGCGACCGCCUGCUGGUCAUUGGGUGCACAUCGCGGCCGUUCGCCGAGCGCGUGGACCAGAAGGGCAUGGCUGCCUUCUUUGACCACAAACUCUGGGUCGACUUCCCGAACUACGAGACGCGCCGCAUGAUCUGGGAAGCUCUCCUCAAGAAAAAGCACGCGAAAACGAGUGUCGUCGACGCUGCGAGACUCGCCACUCUGGCAGAGAUGACCGAAGGGUACUCAGCAGGGGUUCUUGAAGCAGCUGCAGAGCACGUCUUGGUCGAGCCGCGGGUUUCGCGUCUCGCCGAAGAGCCUGUGCAGCCGGAGGAGAUGGUAUCUGCCCUCUCUCGGCUCCCGUACUGCUGGCCCGAAGACUGGCUGCAAUUCCGCGAGUUCGACUUUGUCGCCACGGGCGAAAAAGCGCGAGUCGCUACCCGGAAGGCGCAGGCAGACGCCGAAAAAGCCUCUGCAGAGAAGGCGAAGCGAGCGAAGAACUAA